AUGCGCGCGAGGAGUUCGCGCCGUAUGUGUCGGCGCGCGACGCGUACGACACGGCUACCAUAUUCCGCCGCGGCGGCAGGUCGAGUGAGAUACUCUAUCGUACUGUUUGCCCAGUAUACCAAACAGUCCGAUCAAGAGCCGAUGUCCGCAAACCAAAAGACCCUAGAGGAACAAGAUGAAAGUAACAUGCGCAAGCAUAGGGCAAGCAUCAAUGCUUGGGCGAAAGCUUGGAAUGACCACCGCAACAACCCGGCGAACACCCCGUCUGCGGGGAUGCCACCACGGCCUCCUGUGCUUGUGUCCGACAAGUACAAGCCCAAGUCAUCGAGGCCGAGGCGCGAAGAUCUCUCCACGCGUGCGCUGUUAGUGCGAGCAUUGCUCGAAGAGCUCGAUUGA